AGUCCCAACUUCAAUAAUUCCAGCUUAUUAUGCCUGGCGAAAUCAUAUCUCUCCUGGUAGGCCAAUGCGGCAAUCAGAUUGGCCAGCAGUACUGGUCGCGUUUAUGCGCAGAGCACGGAAUUUCCGCCAGCGACGGGAGCAGAAAUGCCGACUCCCUCAAUCUGUACGAGCAGCCAGACAUAUACUUCAAUCUUUCAUCCAACAACCGGUACACUCCCAGAGCGAUUUUGGUAGAUUUAGAACCCGGGGUUAUUGGAAAGCUUCCAGAAAAUGGGUUGUUCAAUCCCCGCAACACAUACUUGUCCAAGGAGGGCAGCAGCUCGGGGAACAACUGGGCGUACGGUUAUCAGUACGCCCAUGACUACUCCCAGGAGAUCAUGGAUAUCAUUGACCACGAGUUGGAUAGCUGCGAUAACCUCGAGGCGUUCCAGCUCCUCCACUCCGUGGGCGGGGGCACGGGCUCAGGGGCUGGGUCAUACCUCUUGGAGCAGUUGAACGACCGCUACGGGAAGAAGCUUCUCACGACGUUUUCUGUGUUUGAAGGGGCCAAUUCAUCGGUGGUUGUGCAUCCCUACAACACCGUCUUAGCCCUCCGCCGGUUGAUCGAACAUAGCGACGCGUGUGUGGUGUUUGAUAACAGUUCGUUGCACAACAUCGCCAGCGAGUGCUUUGUUGAUACCGUCUCGUUCUUCCAGAUCAAUGAGUUGAUUGCAACGGCAAUGGCCACGUUUUCCAACACCAUGCGCUUCCCCAACUACCUGUACACCUCACUCAGUCACAUUCUCUCGACGCUCGUUCCCACACCCGACUUUAAGUUUCUCUCCACCAGCUUUUCCCCCUUCACAAGUGACACCGUCGCUGGCGCCAAAGAUGUGCGAUCGUCUACGGCCUAUGAUGUUAUAUUGAAGCUUUUGGACCAAAAACUGCAGAUGAUCAACCAGGGCACCAAGUCCCCAUCCUUCCGUGACGACCUCAACAAUCGCUACCUUGCCGUGCUCGAUAUCUUGGUGACGAACGACCCAAGAGAUGAUUUAACCACCCGUGUGGAUCAGGACGAUAUUCAGAAGGCAUUGAUGCGAGCUCAUCAACGUGCCAGGUUUGUACCUUGGUGCCCGUCUUCGAUUCAUCUCGCUCAUGGGACCAAGUCGCCGUAUCUCCAGCCAAACAAGAACAUCGUCAGUGGCCUCAUGAUUGCCAACACCACCAACGUGGCGCUGCUCUUCCAAAAAACGUGUUCGCAGUUCGACAGCAUGUUUGCGCGCAAAAUGUUUAUGAACAAUUACACGAGACACGACUUGUUUAGUCUGGAAGACGGCAUCUUGGCAGAGUUCCAGGAGUCGCGCGAGGUGGUGAGAAGUUUGAUUGAGGAAUACGGCAGUUGUCUGAAGGAGAGUUAUUUGGACGACGAAGACGAAGUUAUGUAAUUUUGACGGAAUAUGGAAUAAAAUACGUCUCAAUGAGAUGCAUGGAUAAGUGAAAUCCAAGCAGAGACAGGAAUUAUAUUUCAAUGCAUAGCUGGACCACAAAAUGGUGAGGUGAUCCAAUCCUACAGAUUUAUCAGAGCUAAUGCGAACGAAAGCCAAAACUUGGGUCAACUUGAGAGUAGUAGAUCCACGGGUAGAUGCUUGUGGAUUUAUAUUUCUAAAGUAUUAAAAUAAGCGAUGUAAGAAUGCACCAUGCA